AGCUUUCUAGUUUCCUGCGAUGCCACGUUACCACGUUACCAUCCUUCAAAUAAAUGUUAACAAAUUAUAAUUAAGUUUUAAAUAUCCGGCACUACACUUAUGAACGGAAUUAUGAAUAUGGGCCUGCCCAAGCUGUUUGAAAUGUUAGAGAGAGACUCAGAGUGGGUCAAUUAUUACUACGAUGUGGAAAACAAAUUCCCUCACUUAUCAGCUUCAAUCGGCAAGAAACCACAAAACAUGCCCAAGAACCGGUAUUGCAAUGUGUGGCCUUGGAACCACAGUAGAGUUGUGCUAGGGAGGUCACCUGAUUAUAUCAACGCUUCUCACAUCAAAUCGCCGAUUGUUAAUCAUCAAUACAUUGCCUCUCAGGAGCCACUUUCUGGUAGAAAUGAAUCAACAAAGGAUGACUUCUGGAGAAUGGUCUGGGAACAGAACUGUUCAGUUAUCAUCAUGUUGAACGACCCUUCUGAGAAUAACUCUUACAAUAGUGCCAAGUAUUAUCCUUACUUCCCUACUGGCCAGCAAGAUUACACUGAGUACACUGGUAAGGAGGGGAUAAAGGUCUCUCUCCUGUCCCGGGAGAUCAAAAAUUGUUAUUUCUACAGCAAAUUAGAGUUGAGUCUCGAAGGUAAACCUCCUCGGGAAAUUCACCAUCUUCAAUAUAAAGGGUGGGGGGACUACGAGGUACCUGAUUCGGCAGCUACUGAAUUCUUUGAAUUCCUGAAGGAGGCACGGGAUUUGUUCGAGAGCUAUCCGGGCCCACCUAUAGUCCACUGUUCCGCCGGUGUUGGUCGCACUGGAACAUUUAUUCUAGCAGAUGUUAUCUUGGAGAUAGCAAAGGAAAGGAAGAGUCUGAAUGUAGAUGUUAAAGAAGUGCUAGAGAAACUGAGGGAGCAGCGAAUGUGGCUCGUACAGACUCCAGACCAGAUUAGGUUUUGUUUUAUGGCAAUUGUUGAAGGGGUAAAGAAGCUGGAUCUCACUGAAUUCGCUGAAGAUAGAGUUAAUGUUUGAAUUGUUUUCAUGCUAUAAUUAGUUUUGAUUUUUAUUGUAAUGCACUUUUUCUUUAUUUGGGUGAAAGUUUAAAGAUUUAGUGACGGUGAUCAUUUGAACUGUCGUUUAUGAUAAGUUUGUGACGUGUCCUAUGUGUUUGGUGAGAUUCAGACGAUAUAUUUUGACUUAGUUUUUAUGUCUGUUUUGUUGAAUUUGUUUAAUAUUUUGGUGGGGUUAUUUUUGUAAAUAUCGUAGCUCUGACUCAGUAUUUAGUUCUUUUAGUUAUUAGUGUUGCAUUGUUUCAUAAUUCGGAAUUGUUUUUCUGUUUUGGAAUUAAACUAUGGAGUACUACGUGCUGUUUCUUGAUCAUGAUUAUAUAAAUGAUAUUAUGUAACUUAGAAAUGGAAUUAGACAUUUAAAAUUGUAGUGACUAAUCGUUGAACCAAAUGCUAUUCAACU